GCUGGACUCUCUCUGGGAAGUGUGGGAUGCUGCUGUGUUUGCUGAUCAAAACUCUCCUCUCCGUUGACCUCCCGUGGCUCAGCUGACCCCGGGGCUGUGCCAGGCAGCAGCUGAUGCUCCUCUCCGCCCUCUUACAGUGCCCCAGGACCUGAUGGACGCACCGGGCACUGGCCUGCCUCCCAUGUGGCAACCCAGCACCCGCAAGUCCUCCUGCUCCUCCUGCUCUCAGAGCGGCUCCUCCGACGGUGGGCCGUCCAACGGCUGCAGCCACGAGAGAGCUCCGCUGAAGCUCUUGUGUGACAAUAUGAAGUAUCAGAUCCUCUCCCGGGCCUUCUACGGCUGGCUGGCCUAUUGCAGACACCUCUCCACGGUGCGAACCCACCUGUCCGCGCUGGUUCACCACAACAUCGUGUCUCCCGACGUGCCCUGCAGCGCCCGCGCGGGGCUGACUGCGGACAUAUGGCAGAGAUACCUGCAGGACAGCACGAGCUACAAGGACCAGGAGCUGCUGCGGCUCAUCUACUACGGCGGGAUCCAGCACGAGAUCAGGAAGGCUGUCUGGCCCUUCCUUUUGGGCCAUUAUCAGUUCGGGAUGACGGAGGCAGAAAGGAAGGAGGCUGACGACCAGAUCCGCACCUGCUACGAGCACACCAUGGCGGAGUGGCUGGGCUGCGAGGCCAUCGUCCGGCAGCGGGAGAAGGAGUCGCACGCGGCAGCUUUGGCCAAGUGCUCCUCGGGGGCCAGCCUGGAUUCCCACAUCCAGAGGAUGAUGCACCGCGACUCAACGAUCAGCAACGAGUCGUCGCAGAGCUGCAGCUCCGGCCGACAGAAUCACGCCCGGCUGCAGAGCGACUCCAGCUCCAGCACACAGGUGUUUGAGUCUGUCGAUGAGGUGGAACAGAUGGAAGAUGGCAAACAAAGCAAGAUCCCCAAUGGGACGGUUCCCAACGGCGCGUGUUCCCCUGAUUCUGGCCACCCCUCUUCCCAGAACUUCUCCAUCGCGUCGGGAUUCUCGGAGCGCAGCUUCAGCAACGAGGACAGUGCCCUGGACACCAACAAAUCCUCGGGCAGCUCUCAGGGAAAGGCCGGCGGGUCCGACGUGCCAGGCCCGCAGGACGCGGAUGGUGCCCGGCAGGAGGAGAAGCUGCAGGGCCAAGACAGCCUGGAAGGCGAAUUUGCCCCCGGCGGAAGCGUGGAUUUUGUUCCUGUGGGUGAGAGCUCGUCAGGGGUCCUGCGAGAUCGUGACACCGUGGCCCUGACUGUGGUAGAGAGCUGGGCAGACAGCGAAGCUGAAAAGCAAAGCUUGGUGGAGAGUGAAGACAACCUCUCUGAGGAGCCGGAGAUGGAGAGUUUGUACCCGCAGGUGGAUUCUCUGGCUGUAGCUGAUCUGGCCAACAGCGAAACCUCUGCUGUCUCCUCGUCGGGUGUCACCUACUCGCCAGAGCUGCUGGACAUGUACACGGUGAACCUGCACCGCAUCGAGAAGGACGUGCAGCGGUGUGACCGCAACUACUGGUACUUCACCCCCGCCAACCUGGAGAAGCUCCGCAACAUCAUGUGCAGCUACAUCUGGCAGCACAUCGAGAUUGGCUACGUGCAGGGCAUGUGUGACCUGCUGGCCCCUCUCCUGGUCAUCCUGGAUGAUGAGGCUCUGGCUUUCAGCUGUUUCACGGAGCUGAUGAAGAGGAUGAAUCAGAACUUCCCCCACGGAGGAGCCAUGGACACCCACUUUGCCAACAUGAGAUCUCUGAUCCAGAUUCUGGACUCUGAGCUCUUCGAGCUGAUGCACCAGAACGGCGAUUACACACAUUUCUACUUCUGCUACCGAUGGUUUCUCCUGGACUUCAAGAGAGAGCUGGUGUACGAUGACGUGUUCGCUGUCUGGGAGACCAUCUGGGCAGCUGCACACGUUUCCUCUGCACACUAUGUGCUCUUCAUAGCCCUGGCUUUGGUGGAAAUGUACCGGGACAUCAUUUUGGAGAACAACAUGGAUUUUACAGACAUCAUCAAGUUUUUCAAUGAAAUGGCCGAGCGACACAACACCAAGCAGAUCCUGAAGCUGGCUCGGGACCUCGUCUACAAAGUCCAGACUCUGAUCGAGAACAAGUGAAGGCCGUGGGGAAGACGAGGCAUCCAGACGAAGAGCCGUGACUCCCCUUCGAUGCUUCCUCCCCUUCUCCUUUGUCUCCCAGUGCCACGCCUGUGGAAGGUGAGGUAGUUGGACACACGCUGCUGUCUGUACUGGAAGUACCCUUAGCGCUCCAAGUGCUGUGGUCAGUGUUAGGUCCGGGGGCCCCGGCUCAGCUCUUCGCAGCCUUCUUCGGUGAUGUAACCAAAGAUCCGUACGAUUGCAUUUCCUUGCUGAGGACUCUCCUCGGAAGCAGGACGCGGGCAGUCGCUGCCUCGCCUCGCUGCAGCAAGCGGGGUGUCCCCCCACCAACAACCGCCGAGGCGGCUGCCAGCGCCCCGGCUCCGAGCUGGGGGCUGCGGGGGCCGAGCUGCGGCGCUCCUGGCGCUCCGCACCCCCUGUCCCAGGGGAGUAAAGCUGCUGCCUCGCACGCCCCUGCCCCGUGGCACGGGGAGGCCGGGGCCAGCCCUGCAGCCUGAGCAACACCAGGGUGCUGCCAGCACCCACUUUCUUACCGAGAUCAUGAGGUUCUGCCAGGAACAGAGAGGGACUUUGAUCACGGAAAUUCCUCUUCUUUUGAUCCUGUCCCUUGAUCCAUAGCAUCCCCUUUAGUAUUUUCAUUUUUUUUUUAGGGCUCUGUUUUCUCCCCGGGAUUUUUACGUUGUUUGUUACUACAAUAUCUGAGCACACAAGAGUUUCAUCUCUGGAUGGAUUUUUAGAAGAGCUCUGAAUUCAGCAUUGGGUUUUUCUUUCAAAAUCCAGCCUCUGUAACGCUCUGAACACUGGUAAAUCUGGUCCUAACCUCCUCUGGGAACUCUAGAAUUGAGGUUUUCUCACCUGCCUUACUCUAGCUGCUCGUAUUAGGAGUCUGGUCUCCUUAUGGUCCCUCUGCAGCCCCUGUUUGGGGAGGGCUCCUCAGGGGGACAAGUCAGAGCUCCGACUUCGGGGAUUGUCCUGACUUUCCCUCUGGAGGUGCCCAUCUCUUCCUCUGUUAAUUAUAAGACCAGCUGCUCAAAGCUAGACAGUGCAAACAAUCCCCUUGGUGCCUGCAGGUUUUCUGUGUGCUUCUGGGGCUGGCUGCGAAGCCCCCUAAGUCCACUGAAAGUCUCCAGUUAGGUCUCGGUGGGCUUCUUUCACACGCCUGUGAAGAGGGAAAGAGCCCAAGGUCCCUGAGUGGUCUUUGCUUUUGGAAGAUGCACUUUUGCGGCCGCUUUUCCUGCAGUGGCUCUCCAGCGUCGCAGCCCCUGGAGCACACUGCAUGAAGUGCCUCUCCAGCACUACCAGCGUGAGAGCUGAGCUGCUGUGCCGUGCCACGGCUGCGCGACGGAGGGUUUGGAUUCAUUUUUCAACUCAGGUAAAAACAAUAAAGGGAAAGGAAGAGGGGCGGGUUGGUGGUAGGUCCACUUCAGCCAGGGAGGGCUUUGUCACGGCCACAGAAGGCUGCCGUGAACGUGUGCUUUCAGCAGCAGGGAAGACGCUGGGUUGUAGCUCUCUCUAAGGGUACUUUCUCUCGAGUUUUGCUGCAAAAAUUCGUGUUCCCCCUCCGUGCGAUGUGUGGUGUGUGUGUGUGUGUGUGUGCUCUCCUCCUCCCCUCUGCGAGACAAGGCCCUGCUCUUUUGCUGUUGGAGUGCUGCUCACCAGAAGGGAAAAGGGGCCCUUCCCUCCUUCUGGGGAACAUCUGUGUGCUGACUGUGUUUUGUAUUUAUUUGUGGCAUGUGUCAGAUGUUGCUUGCAGAGAAGAGACAGAUGUGAAUCUGCAGAAGAGAGAACGGCUGUUCAGAAAAGUUCUGCAGAGCGUGCUGAGGUGGUUUUCAGUUUCUGAGCAAACGGGCUCAUCUGUCUGCAGUUCUGGGACAUGGAGCCUGCAGUAGAAAAACCAGGGAAUGGUGGUGAAGUGAACCCUUUGGGGAAGAGGCUGCAGCAGGGGGUGAGAGCAACGGGGAGCCCCUGGUGUCUCUCCAUCCCAGCAGGCAAAUGGGUGCCAAGAGUCUCGGAAAGGCUUUGGAGCAGUUUUCUGCAGCAGAUCUCCAAAGAGCGCUGGGUCUGGGGUAGCACAGGAAACAAAAGCUUCGAAUCUGCCAGGUCGCGUGUGAGUCUCUCAUCUUCCCACAAAGCAGAGCGAAAAGCUCGUGCCUGCCCCGCCAGGCUGUUGCUGUUCCCUCCAGGUCCUAGGACAGGUAACGUUUGGCUGCAUCGCCCUCUUCGAAGGGGGAGUGCUCUGCCCUCCCCUCCUGCGGGACGGGAACCAGGGGGUCAGCUUGAGCAUGGUCCUAUCAAGCAACAUCACUGACACUUUUAUCUUUCAAGCUUCUGUUUUUUCUUUCCUUGGUUUUUAAACAAAAACAGCCAAGAAAUUCUGCACAAUAUUUGCUGUCUGUAUUAACUGAGAGUGUCUUUGGGCCGCUCAAUAGCAGUGUUUUUCGAGUAACUUCUCGGGGUGGGGGGGAAAAAGUAUUUAUUUAUUGAUUGUACAUUACUGUGUGUCCUUGUAUACUGAAGUGUGUGAGUGUGUGUUGUUAUGCAAAUGGAGAUAUUAUCUUUUCAGUGUUCUUCACGAUAUCUUGUAAAUGUUUACCAGAAAAUCGUGUCUAUAUAUAAUAUAUAUAUACAGUAUAGAGAGAAAAGAUGUGAAUUAAGUGGGUUAUUUUUUGAGGGGGGGGGGGCAGGGGGAAGAAAUAUUUUGCUUCUAAGAACUGUGUGGUUUCUAGAGCACCUAUUCCAUGAUGUGCCAAUCUGUCACUGUCCCUGUGCUGUGAGAAUUGUUCCGGUAUGGCAACAGGAAGCCCAGAGCAGAACCACCGUCAGGACCUCAACUGGGCUUGGUUUUAGUUCUGACUUUAAAACUGGAAAAGAAGAAAAAAAGGGAGGAGGAAAAAAAA